AGCGCGCCGUUUCCGUCGGAAGCACUGACGUCACACAGAUUUCCUUCCUGGACAGUGUUUGUUGCUACUUGAUUUUCUUCUGCCUGUCGUGUUUGCGUUUAUCGUCAAAUCUCCUUCAAACGUCGUGUUUUUACUCUCUAUCAUGGUCUUUAUUUGUAUUCCUCUCUGCUGUCCAAACUGACUGCCGUCCGGUCUGGUAUGGAGUCCGCAGCGGUGGAUGAUGACAUCUGUAUUCUGAAGCAUGAGACGGCGUACGGGCCGACAGAGAGCCCCGUGUCUGUGUGUGCCGGUGAUGAAUCUGUGGCGUCUCACUUCGCUCUGGUCACGGCCUAUGAGGACAUCAAGAAGAGACUGAGAGACACAGAGAAAGAGAACGCACUGCUCAGGAGAAAAGUCAAACAACUGGAAGAUAAACACUUCCGCCCCGAAGCCCCUCCGGCAGAAGGACCGCAGUACAUGAACAAAGCCUUCAGUGCGUACCGCGGUAUCUAUAUCGAGAAGGAGGACUUACAGUUGGAGCUGAACAAACUGAGGAAAGAGAAAAGCGACAUGGAGAGAUGUUUGACAGAGCAGUUACAGGCCAGAGAGCUUGAACUACUGCAACUGCGCUCAGAAGUAGAGACCAAUCAAGUUAUGAAGAGUCUGAAUAAUACAGCAGAUUACUGGCGGGUGGAGAGAGACGACAGUCAGCUCAUUCACUCUCUACACAACCUCUGCAGCUCAACACAGGGUGUGUCUGAGGACUGUAGUGUUCUUCAUGAUGACCAGAGCGGUGACCAUACAGACUCCAGGACUCUGGCCGUUGUGCAGUCUUAUCAUGAUGUGCUCAGUGAAGCGUCACGCUUACACACGGUCAUACGCUCACAGUCAGACCUCAUGAAGAAGUUAAGAGAGAGACACAUGCUGACGGGACUCAGACGAGAUUCGGCCGUUCCUGUGCAGUGUCUGGAUGAUGUGGAGAAGACUACAGAGCCAGCGAGAGGAUCCCCGUCUCGACCUCCCAGCGCACCCCCUCUGCCCUCGGGAUCAGGCACUCAAGCUGUGGAAGGAGCGCAGGAGAACUGCUUGAAGGACCCUUGGCCAGUACCUCGUCCCGCUCCUCUGGGCAGCCCCGGCGUCCGUCUGGCCCGGCCUCAGCGAAUGGGCUCGCUGGACGACAGCUCAUGGUCAUUUCCCAGUCCACCCAGACCGAACGACGCGUUAUUCUGGGACAAGAGCUCCCCCGCUGACUGGAGCCAACCGUACUGAUCUACACAGUCCCCGCUGACGCCACACCACACACCUUAACCUGCCUUAACAUGUCCCCUCGCCGGAUGAUCAUAUACCUCGAGCGAUCAAGACCGGGUCUCGCGUCUGGGGACGAAGGUUUCACUUGAGUUAAAGACCAGAGAGGUGGAUGUGUAUGAAUGUGUGUUUGAAUGUGUGUUUUCCUGCAUUACAUCCACUCCCAUAGCUUUGUGUAAAGAACGUGUGUGUGUGUGUGUGUGUGUGUGUGCGCGCGCGCGUGUGUGCGCGUGCGAGCGAGUGUGUGUGCGUGCAUGUGUGACAUCACUAUAGCCACGUCUCUCUGUGAUCCUAUAAGCUUCUGUUUCAUCAUCUCACAGGAGUGUUCCUGUGAAUAAUGUUUCCAUCGGGUAGUUGACAAAUCUACCCGUCUAAAUUAUUUAAUAAGUGAAUUGUGAUGGAUUGUGUCUUGUAUUAUGAACGUCUACAGAGAAGUUUAGUAGUCUUGUUUCACUCUGAAAGAAAGGAUUAGAAAGGUUCUGAUAGCUGUUCAAACCCACCAAAUCAAGUCAUUGUUUUAGCCUUUAGAUUUACUUCAUGAGUUGUCAAUAUAUAUUGGCAGCAGCUGUUUAUAAGAGAUUGUCUUUUUUUUUCACUUUUAAGCAGAAUUCCCAUGAUACCUGAACUAUCAGGAACUUUUAAAUUGUGAUUUUGUUCCAGGCCUGAAAAAGUCAUCCAUUCUACAAACAUAUAGAAACGUGUUUCUGUGAAAAUAAAUUAUGCUCAGCCUGAAUAUA